UUCUCCGAAGAAGCAACCAAGGGAAAGACACUUCUCCAAUCACACCACCCACCUCCGCCACCUCCAAGAGGAAUCUGCUGCAAAGCGAAUUCUGAGAGGAGGAAAAACAUGGCAUUUCUCCACUACCAAAAUCCGUCUCGGAAGAGGCCUUCCUCUUCCUUUGUUCCUCCAUUUCCUGCGCCCAAAAUCCCCAAAUCUCAAAACGACGGCGUUACUGUUGAUGAUGUUGAAAAGAUGGUUUCAGUCUUAGCUGAGGGUGGUUGUACCUUGGUAAACCCCUUAGGCCCACCCUCCCUUCCUGUCGAUCCCUACAAGCUACGCCGCCACCUCUCCCGUCUCCUUUCUUCUUCUUCUGAUGAUCGCUCCCUUUUUCUCUCUGGUUUCUCUUCUUACAUUCAAUCUCCCUCCAAUCUUCGCAGGGUUCUCAUAUCUUCGAAUGGAAGUAGUUUGGCUCCCACUAGAAGUGAAAGCUUAGUCCGCCAUCUCUUGCUGGUUGCACCAAUCCAAUUAGACAUUCAGAUUAUGCUCCUUGAGAAACUUCCGGAAUAUUUUGACGUAGUUUCUGGAGAUUCGCAAGCAUCAUUGUCCCUUGAAGAUGAUGUUGCUAGGCUUAUCAUUAAUCAAUUUCGAUGGCUUGAUUUUAUUGUUGAUCCUGCUUCCUUCACCGAUAAGCUAAUGCAAGUCCUUUCCAUUUGCCCUUUACACUUGAAAAAAGAGAUAAUUGGAUCGUUGCCGGAAAUCAUUGGUGAUCAAAAUAACAAGACUCUGGUUGAUUCCCUUGAACAAAUGCUCCACGAGGACCCAUCCAUAAUUGUUCCUGUGCUCGACUCUUUUUCAAACCUAAAUUUGGAUGAUGAGCUGCAAGAACAGGUCAUAACCAUCGCACUGUCAUGCAUUAGAACAAUUGAUGCAGAGCACAUGCCAUGUUUGCUUAGAUUUUUACUACUCUCUGCUACACAAGUAAAUGUUCGAAGAAUAAUCUCACAGAUACGUGAGCAUUUAAAGUUUGUCAGGAUGUCAAAUACUCGCACAAUGCAGAAUAAUAAACUCAAAGGGAAGUUACUUGUUGACAACACAGAGGCAUCUAUUCUUGAUGCUUUGAGAUCUAGUCUUCAAUUCAAGAGUAUACUCUGUCAGGAGAUUUUGAAGGAAUUGAAUGGCCUUGAGAAACCUCGAGAUCACAAAGUGAUCGACAUAUGGCUGCUUUUGAUAUUGUACACAAAUGGUGAGUCCAUGCGAAAAAGCAUUGAGAAGGUAUUUAAGAAGAAAAUUAUUGAAGGUUGCAUUCAGGAAGUUAUGCUUGAUGAGUGCAUUUGUGGGAACAAGGAACUCGCACAGGAAUAUUUCCUGUCCUUCCUUUCUUUAUCUGAGUAUCUAUUGGCAUGCAAAGAACAAAAGGCAAGGGAUUUUGGCAUUUACAUGUAUACUUUUCUUUUUGAAGAGUUUGCUGAUACUUAUUCAAGACAGGAAGUUCUUGGUGCACUCGUUACUCAUGUGGGCUCUGGUGUUAGUUUUGAAAUUAGUUCUGCUUUGGAGAUUAUGGCUUCACUUGCCACAAAACAUGCAAUGGAAUUGAUUCCACUUUCUUCUCAUAUAAAUGGAAUCCUGGACUACUUGGAGGGAUUGACUGUUGAAAAUCUUUAUAAGGUUUAUGAGGUUUUCAGCCAUAUGGCAAUGCUAGCUCACUCUAGUGCUGACUGUUUUGGCUCUUCCAUUGCAAAUGAACUUUUGAUAAUUGUUCGAAAGCAGGUCAUCCAUCCGGAUCUGAAGUACAAAAAGAUGGGCCUAAUUGGGAUCUUGAAAAUAGUUUCAUGUGUUAGGGAUGAAAGUAAUUUCACAUUAUCAACACCAUUUCAGAAAUCAAAUGCUGAGGAGGCUUUGGAGCUUCUUCAAACCUGCCUGGAAUCUUGCAAACAGUCAUGCUUGUCAUUGAUCUUCUUUUAUGAUGAACUGACUGCAAUUUUGGAAUGUAGAACCCUUCACCCUGUCAUCAUGGAUUGGAUUGGCAACCAUGUAGGAGAAUUUGAAUCUAUAUUUCUGUCCGAUCUUGAUGGUGGGCAGUUGCCUAGCCAGACCUCUUAUUGCGGUUUAGAAGGCGAGCUAUGGAUGAACUUAGAUGGUGAAAUAUCUCCUAUUUGUCUGAACAUUCUGCCAUUGGCUUCUUCUUCUCAGUCUGCUUCUUUGCAAUUUCUUCCUGCCAACUUUCAUUUACUAUCAGCUGUUGAGCGGUUGACAAAUCAAGGAUCUCUUGGUGGAAUUGAUGCAUUACUUGGCUGUCCUUUGCUGCUUCCCUCUUCUAAGUACUUCUCAGAAGCUGAAUGGCAGUCUCUGACAGGAAAGCAGAAACAGAUUAUUUGUCUCUCUCUUUAUUAUGCAUUAAACUGGAUAAGGGAACUGCUUAAUGCCUUCUGCACACAAGUAGCUGGAAGAUUUGAAUACACAAGUCAGUCGACAAAAGAGGACAUAAUGUUGAAGCUAUUAAAGCGAUUGAGGAACCUUGUAUUUCUGGAAAGCUUGUUAAAUCAUUCCAUCAGAAUGUGUCCUGUAGCGCUACCUCAGCUCCAUCUUCAAAUGGAGCAUUGUGGAUCAACACUCAUAAACCAACCAAGCCACAUGGGGACUAUAGAAAAGAAGAAUGAGCCGAAGAUGACACAUGAAUGCACAUAUCCAAACAAGAGGAAGCAUAAAAAGAUUUCAAAUACCUCAACAACAGGUACAGAUGGAAAACUGUGCCAGCCAACAUUGUUGGACGUGUUGAGAAAAGCAGGAGCAGUGACAAGCCAAGAGAUACCAAAUGAGGUUUCUUCAAAGGAGAGGACCUCGGUAUCUGUGGAUCACCAUUCCCACGUCUCUAAUGAGUCAGUGCUUAUAGAAGUUUCUCCAGUUUCCCAAGCUAUGGAAUCACAAAAAUUUAGAUUCAGGCCUCUUCUAUUGGAGUGCUUUUCCAUUUUGAUUUUUUCAAAGAUGCAGGACCAUAAAUCCUGUUGCAGUGACCCUCUGGCUGAGUUGCCCCUAUACCUUUACCUUAUCCAUGACCUUCACUGCAAGCUGGAUUACUUUGCUGCUCCGGGCAAACAAUGCUCCACAAGAAGCUUGAUUUCUGGUGCUGUUGCCAGGAUGACUUUGGAUGAAUUCCUCAGCAAGAUUAGACCACUCUUUCCAAGUCUUAAGAGAAAUUUAGAUAGUGCAUUCUGUAUUCUUAAAGAAGGUAAUGGAACUUGUCAGGGACACUGGACCAUUCAAUCUGCCGCGGCUGGCAACCCAGAUAUAACCAACCUUGUGCCAUCAAAGUCUUCAAUUUCUACUAUGGUUUUUAAGGAAGUUCUUAAUUGUUUCCGUAAGAUGCUAAACCUUCCUGAAGUUUUAAGGAAUAAAUCAGUUCUUCCGGAUCUCCUUAAAGCCUUUCAGCCCUAUAAACCAUUAGAUGCUGGUGCUUCAGAUGUGCAGCCUUGUCCUUCACCUGGUACAAUAGAAUAUUCAUAUCUUGGUGCUUGUUCAUUUGUGGAGAGUAUCCUUGAUGCAGCAUGUUCUUUCUCCUUUAUUCUGGCUUCAGAGGCUCUUUUUACUCUGGAAUCAGUUGUUACAUCAGUUCAGAAGGUCAUCAAUUUGGAGGGAGAUGAUAAAAACAUACAGUCAGGGUUUAGCCAGAUCCUCCCACUAUUGUGUGGCAGACUUGGAUCUUCCGCUCAGAAACUCUUAAAGCAUAAGUGGGAUAACAAAAAACUUGAGAAUGGCUGGAAGAACAAAGGAGAAAUAGUACAAAGGAUACUGCGGAAUUACUUGGAAUAUACUGAAUCAACUUCUGAUUUGCUAGAUGAGCUUGCCUGCACAAUUUUGCCGCAGGUUUCUUUUACAACAAUAGCAGAAGAUGAGGAUUAUGGUUUCCCAACUCUAUGUUCUUCAACAUUCCUCUCAUGGUACCGUGUGCUGUUUGAAGUGAACCUCACAGUUCUUGACAAAUUGGUUAAGGAAGUUGUUUGCUUAGAGAAGUGCCGACCUGGUUUUCAACCCGAAAAUGUUCACACUCAUUUGAUCAAGAUGCAAAAGAACGUUAAUGUGGUUGUUGCACUAGUUACCAUGUGCAGAACCUAUGACAAGGUCACCCUGCAUGCAAUGGCUGUCAAGUAUGGUGGGAAAUUCAUUGAUUCCUUCCUUAAAGUUUUUGAUUUCUUGCAGGUUCACUUCCAAAUGCAUAACGAAGUCAUACUUCUACUGGUAAAAGAACUUCAGAAGGCUACAAGAACAAUUCAGACCCUAUGUUCUGAAGCAAAGGGCUUGAAACAAACAGCCAUUACAGGCAAAAUCCCUGCUACCAAAAGAUCUUUGGAACGCUUUUUGUUUCGUGUCAAGGCUCUUCUCCAUGCAACCUCUAAUGGGUGCACUUUCUGGAUGGGUAAUCUAAAACACAAGGAUCUCAGAGGUCAGGUGGUCAGCUCCCAGGCAUAUGUAGAUGAUCGAAAUGACAGCAUUGAUGAAGAUCCAGAAGGAGCUGUUGAUGUGGAUCCACUAGUUAUUGUUGCCACUGCCAGUGAAAACAGUGACAGAGAAUGAAAAGUUCUGUACCUAUUGAAAACUUCAGACUUUUGAAUGAGUAGCAAGUGAUAACAUGCUUGCUGCUUCUGUUUCAUAUGCAGUAUACUCUAGGAAUAAGAUCAAAGGCUGAAACAGGCACCAACUAAGGGCUAUGCUACAUUCUCAGCGCCUUCAUUUUCAUAGUCAAUGGGUUCAUAUCUGGGAAUGAACGAUCAAUGUUGGUUCCUACUAGGUCAUAGCAAUCAGUUGAUAUCUCAAGCUUCUUCCAAAAGGGCUUAACUUUGGCCUGGUAACUUCCAUUGAAAAAUAUCUAGAUUAUCAUUUGUAAAUAUGGACACCAUGAAUCAGACUGUUCCUAGUAGAAUACUUGGAUAUUGUAUUAACUUUUUGCUGUACUUGGCUAUCAAAAUUUGAAUUCUGAUCAUUGAAAAAAUUAAGCACUCUUACUAACAGAUCGCACCGUUGUUGGCAAUAUUGUAUUAACUUCAAUUAAAGCCCCAAUACUUGAAAAUUCCUGUGUUGGUUGAUCUGGUUGAUUACACCCUUAAGCAUCUCCUUACUUCUACAAAGCCCAUGUGUUGUACAAACUCUAGCGCCUUGACUGCAGCAAUACGCUUCCUUAUGCUUCCUCAUCCCUGGCCACCACUCCCAAUGCCACCGAGCAGCUCACAUUCUGGGAGAACUCCAUCAAAAUUGAUCUUGACUAAACCUCAUUAAGCCUGUUUUACAAGCUUUAAUUUAAUUGUAAUAUAUUAAAUUACUAGGUUGUAUUUAAUCAAAUUAAUAGGGGCAAUCGAUCAAGAAGAUCAUUUUUCUUGAAAGGUUGGGGCAAUUAGGCUGCAGUAAAAAGCCUUUUGUAUUACAUGUUUGUAUAUUUCAUCUUUUUUGU